AUGAGUUCUGCACCCUUGCUGCUGGAGUUGGGGAAGCCAGUGACCGUCUCGGAUACACUUGCAGUGGCGAUUCUUGGCCUUGGUUCACUCGCAUACUUGGCAUAUGGCAUUCCCUGGGACCGGCCUGACCCUUAUCAUCAUGUCUGGUUCACAAAGCCGCAAGACGGGGAAGGAUCCAAGGUCGAGCAGGUGCACCACACGCGCAACAUUGCCGAGAAGAUGGAGCAAUCUAACAAGAAUAUGGUGUUAUUUUGGGGAUCUCAGUCUGGGACAGCAGAAAUGUUGGCCAACAAACUAGCCAGGGAGUGUCAAACCAGAUUUGAUCUGAACGUCUUGGUCGCAGACUUAUCGGAUUAUGACGCAAAGACAAUAUCCGAAAUCCCCGCUUCCAAGACAGCAAUCUUCAUCCUAUCAACAUUCGGAGAAGGCAACCCAAGUGACAACACCGUCGGGCUCUGGACCUGGAUCCGAGACCUAUCUGGCAACCAGCUACGAGAUUUGCGGUACAUCGCCUUUGGGCUGGGAAACAGCACCUACAAAUACUACAACCAAGUUGUAAAUGUCGUGACGGAGUCGUUCGACCGCGCCGGCGCCAAAUGUUUGAUGCCUGUUGGCAGAGCGGACGAUAGCAACGGCGGUACCGAGGAGGAUUUCUUGGCUUGGCGAGAGGACCUGUUUGUGUAUUUCAAGACUCAACUCAGCCUGCAGGAGCGGGAGAUUGCCUACACACCAGCCUUUGAGGUCACCGAAGAUCCAACAGUCCCGGAGUCGGAGCUCAACUACGGCGUACCCAUCAACCAGCAAAGUGCGGGUUCGAAAGGCUUCACGUACUAUUCUCCUAUAAAACCUGUUACCUUAACAUCAGCUGAAGAGCUUUAUCACACAUCGGAUCGACAUUGUGUUUGUCUUGAGUUCGACUUGGCAGACCAGGCAGAGCUCCGUUACAAGACUGGCGAUCAUCUUGCACUUUAUCCCAGCAACCCUGAAGCUGAAGUGCGAAACCUCGUGCGGUCACUGGGGAUGGAAGGCCGUCAGGAAGUUCCUUUGAAGCUUCAGUCCAUCCGAGAGGAUUCGAAACUUCCUAACCCUACCACUUUGGCAGCUCUGUUUACACACUAUCUCGAGAUAUGCGCUCCGCUGUCCCGGGAUACGGUUCGGCAAUUAAUACAAUUUUCCCCAACACCAGAGGCAGCGUCUUUUUUGAAAUCCAUCAGCAACAGCAGAGAAGCAUUUUCCGACUUCGUCGGAAAGAAUCAUGUCACAAUUGGCCGUCUUCUUUCUCUCGUGGCUCCAGACGUGAGUUGGGCAAAGCUUCCUCUCUCCUUCUUGCUCGAGGUCAUUCCGCUUCUACAGCCCCGUUAUUACUCUGUUUCGUCCUCGGCCAUGGUAUCGCCACGGAAGAUAUCGAUCACAGUCGGUAUUGUCAAUCGUACACUAAAGGGUGCGCCAGAAGUGAACAUUCGGGGGCUGACAUCGAACUACGCCCUUUCUCUCGCUAUGAGGCUGAAGGGAGCUCAGUCACCGUGGCCAGCGUCUGAUCUACAACAAGCCUAUGCGCUUGAGGGCCCUCGCAGCAUACUUGAUGGAAGGAAGGCUUUCGUGCGCAUUAGAAAAUCCCGUUUCAAACUCCCGACAACGCCUUCGACUCCUAUUAUUAUGAUUGCCGCCGGUACGGGUCUGGCACCGUUUCGAGGGUUUAUCCUAGAGCGGGUAAGGCUUCAAGCUAUUGGUAAGCCCGUCGGCCCAAUGAUCCUGUUUUUCGGCUGUCGGCGACCUGAUCAUGACUUCCUCUACCGCGAGGAGCUAUACGAAGCCGCCCAAGCUCUAGGUGAUAAUUUGGAUAUUCGAACUGCUUUUUCAAGGUCGACUGCAGAACCUAAACGAUAUGUUCAAGAUUGUAUUCGAGAGGAUGGACACAGAAUUUGCGAUCUACUUGAAAAGGACGCAAACUUGUACAUUUGCGGUCGCGCUGCGAUGGCAAAGGAGGUUGGCGCUGUCAUUCAGGAGGCCAUGACAACUUAUCGUAAUGGCGAUCAGUCGAAGGCUGGAGAAUGGAGCGAAUCGAUAAAGAGGGGCGGUAAGUGGCUGGAAGACGUAUGGGGGUAG